AUGGCGCAGCAGGAAGUUCAAAGGCUACAAGCUAGGUAUGAUGGUUAUGGCGCUCUAUGCUACGAUCCCAGAUUUGUGGGUGGUGACGGCGUGAUGUUGUACUUCCAUGGAGCAAAGGAAACUGACUUUGCUAUUUUCUCAGCUGACAACCUCCCCAUUAAUGCACAUCUAAUUGGUACACAACCACAGGGAAGGAAGUGCGACUUUACAUGGGUUCAAACAUUUUCAGGCAUGUUUUACAUCCAUACAUUAAUUCUAGGAGCAAAGAAAGUGUCAAACUGGGAUGAAAAUGUUCAUGCUUUUACUGUACAGUGGAAUGGUGAGACAGUUGAUGUCCCGACGGAUGUAUCUUACUCCAAGGCUCCCCUUCUAAAUCUAUCUAAAGAAGACGACAAGUUAUGUUGA